CGCGGCAUUCGAUAGAUGGAGGCGUGGCAGCGCGACCGCAUCGUGGCCUUCUACGAGUCGCACAACCCCGAGAAUGUGAAAAACAUACCAGAGAUCUUGCGAGUGUUUGCCGGGCGCGAGGACGUGCUGUGUGCCAAGCUGCACAAGAAGUACGGGUGCUCGCCGGACAUCGUGGCAAAGGAGGACAAUGAGCUAUCGGCAGCAGCAUCAUAUGAUCCAAACUUUGUGCCAAAGACUGCACCUCCGUCGAGAGGCGGACCGUUCGACUGCCGAAGCGCGUCAUUCAACGCCCACUUGGCGCUAGUGCGAAAUCGGCUGGACGGCGCUUCCCUCCAUCACCCCGCGCUGGACAACUUGUACAAGUGCCGCAUGCUGUUACCACCUCGGGACCCGCAGUUCAUCCAGCCCAAAGUCAAACCUGCGACACCGUCUGUAACAACCGACAGGAAAUCGAAAAGCACGGUGGCUCCAAAGAAACCCCCCGUCUUGCACGCCAUCGCAGAUUUGCACUCGACGGGGCCACUGAGCCUUCUUCAUCGGUGCUUGGUAGCCAAAGCCAGGGUCGUGGUGGUUCUGCGGCGCAUCAGCAGCAUACGUGGCACAUGUACGGGAUACCUGAAAGGGUUCGACAAACACAUGAACCUGGUGCUCAUGGACGUCAUGGACAAGUUCGCCCCAGUCCACGCCCAACAGCAAGAAGCGCCGACGGUGACGCGGCAUAUAAGGCAGCUCCUCAUCCGAGGGGACAAUGUCGUGUUGGUGUACCCGACCCAGCCGCUUAUGCCUCAGCAAAAUACUAGUAGCACUGGCUCAUGAUAUAACACAACCACGGCAUCUCUUUGUUCGUAGUACUUGUCGUUGAACAGUAACUAACUCUCGAUGGUCAUAUUAAAU